AGUUUUUUUCUGUGCUGGUCGGUGAGAGUCGGAGGAGCGGCGGGCUGGUGUUUAGUUAUUCUCGGCCUCGCUAAGAUGGCUCUUCCCACGGGUCAUACGUUUCUGAGCGGCAGCUCGUGUUAGGAUAUAGUGUUGCUGCUGCUGCUGCUGCUUCGGAGACGGAGUUUUCACCCGGUUGUUGGAACGACCCGGAGAGGGGUUUUCGCUGUAACCAAGCGACUAACAGCAGGCCCCGGGCUUUACCGGACUUGGUGGCUGGCUAGACGGUUACUACAUUGCCUGGAGAAUGGGAAUCAUAUUCACCAAACUAUGGAGACUCUUCAAUCACCAAGAGCAUAAAGUGAUUAUCGUGGGGUUAGACAAUGCUGGAAAAACAACAAUUCUUUACCAGUUCUCAAUGAAUGAAGUUGUACAUACUUCACCUACAAUUGGCAGUAAUGUAGAAGAAAUAGUAGUGAACAAUACACAUUUUCUAAUGUGGGAUAUUGGAGGUCAGGAGUCGUUGCGUUCAUCAUGGAACACUUACUAUACCAACACAGAGUUUGUGAUCGUGGUUGUGGACAGUAUGGACAGAGAGAGGAUAGCUAUAACCAGAGACGAACUCUACAAAAUGUUGGCACACGAGGACCUAAAGAGAGCUGGACUGUUGAUCUUUGCAAACAAACAAGACAUCAAAGAAUGCAUGACAGUAGCUGAAAUCUCUCAGUACCUUAAGUUGACCUCAAUUAAAGAUCAUCAGUGGCAUAUCCAAGCUUGUUGUGCCUUGACAGGCGAAGGGUUAUGUCAAGGAUUAGAAUGGAUGACAUCACGACUUAAGGUCAGAUGACCUCCACAGAUCAGGAUGCAUGGACCAUUAAAAUCUGAACUGUAUAAAUCUUCCAGCAGUAACAGCUCCUUACUUGCUGGAUUUAUUGGUAUUUAUUUUUAAGACUGAAUAAAGUUUACUACUUUCGCAUUUGCUACAAGUACAUGUUUGGAAAGACUUUCCUUAAGGAUCAAGAUUGAGUUGAAGACUGACUUCGGUUGAUCAUUUGUAGCUUUUCUUUUAAAGAUGGCUGUGAUUAAUUGACUUUUUUUUCCUUUGGAACCAGCACAUUUUGCUCAGGGUAGAGUUUUAUAGUAUUUGGUAAGUAUUCGAAAGGGGAGAAAAGUGAUUUGUAUUCCAGCAUUAUCAACUUAAUUGCUCUUCACUUCCUUUUUAUUUAAUUAAAUAAGCUAUAAUCUCAAUGGAACAGUGUUAGACUACUUACAUCUGAAAACACCAUGUUCUGACUGAGCUACCAGUUGCUGUUAAAGUCUGGUUACGGUUGAGAUCACUGUGCUGAGGAAACCCAAACAUUAUAGCCAUUUUUCAUUGUUUUUAGAAUAAACAGCGAUCUGUAUGUUUUAUAUAAGAUUGCCUAAUCUGCAAAAUUUGCUUUUGAGUACAUUGCAUGCACAAUGUAGAUUGGUACUAAAAUUCACUAAAAGUAUAAUCAACACUCUAUUGGGAAGCAGGUUGAAAAAUAUUUGUUUUAAAUCAUAUGCCAGGUUUUCUACUUAAGCACUAACAUCUCCACACAAAUUCUUUCUUAAGUAAAAAUAAUUAUGGAUGAAUUGGAAAGAUGUUUCAAUACAAUUGUAGGGUGUCUUUAUUAUGAAUAUUAACAUUUAGCACAAUGAGACUGGUUGUUUCAGCAGCAUCUGAAAAACAUUGCCAAUUUUCCAAUCUAAUUCUCGUAUUCUACCAUCAGAAAAUAUUUGUGUUUUUUGGACUUGGAAUUAAAGCUCUUCCUUUUCAUUCUGAUGGAGUUUGAAAUUAUUUUGCCGGUUUGGGCUGGUUGAAGAAAUAAUUUAUACAGUUAAAUAACUUACACUGUUUAAGUAUGGUUUCAACAUGGCAUUGUUUGAACUGUAACAAAUGAUCUAAACAACAUUAAUUUGGAAACUCACUUGAGUUCUAAUUUUAAUUAUCUUUAUUAUGGUCAUUUACAUUUUGUCACAUCAGACUAACAUGAAACAAUUGUGUGUGAUAUAUAUUAAAGUUCUCUUCCUUUAGAGACUGAUUUGUGGAUGAUGUGAUCCAGCGCAAAAACAUAUUUAAGAUUAUGAAUUAUAUUAAAGACUAUCAUUUGAAAUUACUUGUUCCAAUGGAUGUAUUUUUAGAUAGGUAGGGCCAAAGUGAAAAGAAAUUUCAAACCAUUCAACCCAGAAUGUUGAAAUUCCUGAGAACACUGUGAUGCCUUCUUGAGCGGGGUAAAUUUCAUUUCAAAUGUAUAUAAUUCUGUGCAGUGGUUGACCACACUCAAACAAAUGGAUGUGUACUUCUUUCUGUGAGCGGCCCCAAGGAAGCUGAUUAUGUAAUUGGCAUUGUUUUGGGGGAGAAAGUACAAUGUGUGCAAACAUUCAUGUAUAGCACAAGAACAAUUUGAAAAUGCAAGAAGCACCAAAUGCAUUUUGAUAUCAAUGGCUGUACUAAAGAUUUAUUUAUCUUCACCAUAUGGUCAAUGCAUAUUUCAUGAAAUGAUAAUGCUCUAGACUGGUAAAUUGACAAUGUGAAGUGACCAGUUUUCCUUUCCUUCCUGUAAAUUACCUAAUUAUGAUUUUUAGCAUAUCUCUUCUAGUUCAAGUUUGCGCAGGAUGAAACUUUUUAAUUUUUGCAACAAUACAUAUUAUGAAAUAAAUUUAUGUAUAUUGUGAA